GGUCUUGGUUCCCGGGACGUCGGGAGAAGGCUGAAGUAUUUUGGCAGUGCAGAAGGCUGGUCCUCCGUGCCCCAGCGACCUCCUUUGUCUCCGGCCCUGUCCCGCAUGCUUUUCUGUUUCCUUCCAGCUGGAAGAGGUCUUCCAAGGCCAGAAGAGCAAGAGUGUCUUAGGACCUUGCUGGGAAGAGAGCGGCCUGUGACUUUCGCCCUGUCCUGGAGAGCCCUCUUUGGCCUCAUGGCAGCACCGCCGCUGGGCCGUCUGGUGCUGACCCACUUGCUGGUGGCCCUCUUCGGCAUGGGCUCUUGGGCUGCUGUGAACGGCAUCUGGGUGGAGCUGCCCGUGGUGGUGAAAGACCUCCCCGAGAGUUGGAGCCUACCCUCCUACCUCUCUGUGCUUGUGGCGCUGGGGAACCUGGGUCUGCUGGUGGUAACCCUGUGGAGGAAGCUGGCCCCGGGCAAGGGCGAGCGGGUCCCCAUCCAGGUGGUGCAGGGGCUGGGCAUAGUGGGCACAGCCUUGCUGGCUCCUCUGUGGCACCACAUGGCCCCAGUGGCAGGGCAGCCCCACUCUGUGGCAUUUCUAACAUUAACAUUAGUGCUGGCACUAGCCUGCUGUGCCUCUAAUGUCACUUUCCUGCCCUUCCUAAGCCACCUGCCACCUCCCUUCUUACGGUCUUUCUUCCUGGGUCAAGGCCUCAGUGCCCUGCUGCCCUGUAUGCUGGCCCUCAUUCAGGGUGUGGGCCGCCUUGAGUGCCUGCCUGCUCCUGUCAAUGGUACCUCUGGGCCCAUCUACUUCCCUGAGCGUUUUUCUGCCAGCACCUUCUUCUGGGCACUGACUGCCCUUCUGGUCACUUCGGCUGCCGCCUUCCAGGGUCUCCUGCUGUUGCUGCCAUCACAGUCUGUAACCACAGGCAGCCCAGCACAGGGCCUUCGAGUGACAGAACCAGGAGUGGAGGAGGAAGAAGAAGAGGUUUCACCAUUGCAGGAGCCAGCAAACCAGGCAGCAGGCACCACUGUCAGCCCAGACCCUAAGGCCCAUCAGCUGUUCUCAGCCCGUGGUGCCUACCUGCUGAGCCUGCUGGCCAUCAUCAGUGCACUGACCAAUGGUGUGCUGCCUGCUGUGCAGAGCUUUUCCUGCUUGCCCUAUGGACGCCUGGCUUACCACCUGGCCGUGGUACUGGGCAGCUCUGCCAACCCCUUUGCCUGCUUUUUGGCCAUGGGCAUCCUGUGCAGGUCCCUGACAGGGCUCUGUGGCCUCUUUCUGCUGGCCAUGCUCUUUGGGGCCUACUUGAUGGCAUUGGCAGUCCUGAGCCCCUGCCCUCCUCUAGUGGGCACCUCUACAGGCAUGGUCCUUGUGGUGCUGUCUUGGGUGCUGUGUAUGGGCCUAUUCUCAUAUGUCAAGGUGUCGAUCAGCUCCGUGCUACAUGGUGGAGGCCAGCCAGCAUUGCUAGCAGCUGGUGUGACCAUCCAGAUGGGCUCCCUGCUUGGUGCUAUUGCCAUGUUCCCUCCUGCCAGCAUCUACCAUGUAUUCCACAGUGGACAGGAUUGUGUGGACUCAUGUGGCCACUGAACUAGAGCAGGUCUUGGCUGCUCUCUCAGAUUCUGGAAUCACCCCUUGGAACUGCUCUGCAGGGGAAGACCAGUUCCCAGGGCCUUCGUGGGCUUAGAGGCAAUGUGGUGCCUCUUUUGCAUGGAGCCUGCCUGAUAAAUAGCAGCCACUGCUCUACAGCAUCUCUUGGUGUGAGGGUCAGGCAGGAUUGGUUUGUCACCUGCUGCGGUUCCUACUGCUCUUUCAUGACCUGAGAAUGACCAUACCUGUCCUGCUGGGGAAUUUACACCUGGCUUUGGUACAAGUGUUGAGGCACAGAGGGGUUGCAAUGAGGAAACUUAGAAGAUCCAACACCCUUUAGUAGGAGAGCAUUACCUCCCUAUCUAUAAACCACCAGCUUCUAGUUUCCAGGUCUUUCUGCCAUUACAGCCCUCGCAUACUCUGUUGAGCCAGACAUGCUGCAUCUGUGCCCUGGGCUGCUGGCAGACUGCUGGUUCCAAGGAAGCUGAGCCUUUGCUUAUUUAUUUACUUGUUUUUUUGAGGUGGAGUAUCUGCAUUCUUUAGGUGGGAUUUGAACUUGUGAUCCUCCUGCCUCAGCCUCCCAAGUACUGGGAUUAUAGGCGUGUGCCACCACACCCAGCACUUUUCUGAAUUUGAGAACCUCCUGUCCUUGACUUGGUCACAUGACCUUGGCAGGACCAAGGGACUCCCAGGCAGCUCAGUCCAGUCCUGAGGAAGUGCAGGGCAUCUUAACAAGGUUGUUCCCUCUGGAGGGUGGGCAGGUACUGGGGCAGUGAAGGUUGGGGUAUGCUUCAGGAGUUGCCUAAGGUGGCAGUGGAGAGAGACCCAGAAGGAUGGGGCUGAGGUGGGUGGAGUCAGUAGGACUGCUAAGGUCAAUAGGACUUAGCCCCAUUCCCCCUUCUCUUCCAGCACUCUUCCCCUGGCCACCUGGGCUGGAGGCUGGUGGGGCCCCUCCCAGCUCUUCUCUGACCUCCUUUAUCACAAGUAGAUGAUCAGAGCUUCUGCAGCCUCUGCCCUCGAGCCACAAGUGCUGUAUGCAGGAUGGGCCAUAGAGGAGUGAGAGGCAUGUCCAACCCUGCAAACAUGCACGGUCUCCUGGAAAGAAAGGGCUUGGGCAUGUGGUAGGCAAGCUGAGGAACCCCCUGCUAUUUGAAGUCUCCAGGGCUUUCCUGUCAUGCUCAAGGAAAUGGGACAAGGGUCAAAAUAACAAGAGGAGGGAGAUGACAAGCCCAGGGCUGAGGCAGUUCUGUCAAGCACAUGAUCCUUUACACACCACAGGGGCCUGCUUGGAGGAGACAUCCCCAGGGAAGGCAGCAUCUGAGGCCCAGAGGGCAAGCGUAGGAGCAACAUAGAGCCCCCAGGCCCACUAUUCUCUUCCCACCACCAAAAAAAGUCUCUUUGGUUCCUUGAAGCUAGAAAAGGGCCAGCCUCCUUACCCAACCCCUGAGUGCUGGGACAAGACUACCAUGGCUCUGAUAGAAUGACAAGGUGGGGCUUAUCACUGUUGGCCCAGUGGGGCUCUAGACAGGUGUGAGUUCUGCAAUUGUAGAUGUGAACUGGGAGAAUAAGCCCCAGCCUCAGAUGUUUGUUGGUACCAGGAAUCCAAAUCAGGACCUUGAGUUUACUAGGCAGGUGCAGCACCACUGAGCUAAAUCCCUGGCCCUCCAACCUCAGAUGACGCCCACUUAGACCCCUUCUCCUUCCUUGGGGACAUAGGACAGUGGGCUUACAGCACUCUGGGGAAUUCUCAACAUCCCUGUGGCCAAAAAGUGAUAUGAUGGCACAUGCUUGUUAUCCCAGCGCUUGAAGAAAUUGAGGCAGGAGAAUAGAUGUGAAUUCAA